UGUCAAGGCGUUUUGAGCAAAUGCAGAGUGUAUAAAAGUGGUGACUGUAGACGCAGUCUUUGUACAAGGCAAUCAUGGGCAAAGUACUGUUUGUGACGGGUAAGUAGUUAUGGUGAAAGCUCAAUGCAUCCAACGUAUGCAUAACAAAAUGUAAUCUGUGUCUUCUCUUUCCAUAGCUCUAGCCCUGCUGCUGCAUGCACAGCUUGGUAAGUGGACUCCAAAACACAAACUCUUAGUAGGCUUGGGACGGGGUCUCAAAUGAACUCAAUUGUGGUCCAUAGACCAAGUACAGUACAGAUGUAGGAUUGUAAUUUGUGCCAGUUUGCUACAGCAGAAAAAUAGUCCUGCAGCAACAGGAAAUUUGAAUUAUUAUGUGGAUUAUAAUUAAUUGAAAUUGUGUAGCGGUUGAUGCAUUUUUUUGCAAGGGAAAAUCAAGUCUGAAAUUUCUAAGUGGAAAUUACAAACUUCAGAAGCCUUUUUAAACCUCAAAUACAGUAUAUGUUUUACAUUUCCUGCAACAGGGUGAUCAAAUUAAGAUCCUACAUCUGUACUUUACUAAUUAUGGGACAAUAGAAUAUGUAAACUAAGUGGAUUAUGAGACUAUUGUUGAAAAUAAAGUAAUUAAAACCUAUAAACGAGUGAACGACAGCAAAUAUCAAACCAUUCAUAUCUGCUUUUAACUUGUUUUCUCAGGAUCCUCCUACAUUUUGUCAUGCUACUUCACAAACUGGGCACAGUACAGACCACCCCCCACCAUUUACAUGCCCAAUGACAUUGACCCAUGUCUGUGUACCCAUCUUCUCUAUGCCUUCGCCACCAUGAAGAACAACGAACUGGCCACCUUUGAGUGGAAUGACGUAGAGCUCUAUAGCCAGUUCAACGGCCUGAAGAACCAGUGAGCCCCUACUGAGAAACGAACACCUCAUGAGAUUCACCUCAUGAGAUUGUGUCAAGAGAGACAAAUGUUAUCAAUUUACUACUUUAUUUUUUCUUUAUAUGGAAUAACAUAUUGUAUUUCAACAGGAAUGGCAACCUGAAGACUCUUCUGUCUGUUGGAGGAUGGAACUUCGGCUCUUCUGGGUAAGAUGAUCUGCUAUAUCUGUUUGCAUACUCUCCUCUCCAUAAGGGCAAUCAGUGUCUCUCUAUUUCCCUCUAUUUCUCUCUAUAGAUCACCAGUAGCUUGGCUUCCAUCCAAUUGGCGACAGAUUUUCAUGCGAAUAUUCAAAAAUUGGCAUGAAGAAAAUAUGCACAUUUUCCCUGCAGUUGUGUGUUUCCACCAAACAGACGUGUUACAGAUAAAAUCUGUGCGUGAUGACGUAGUCACCUGUAGCUCAGUUGGUAGAGCAUGGCGCUUGCAACGCCAGGGUUGUGGGUUCGUUUCCCACGGGGGGCCAGUAUGAAAAUGUAUGCACUCACUAACUGUAAGUUGCUCUGGAUAAGAGCGUCAUCUAAAUGACUAAAAUGUAAAAAAUGUAGUGCACACAAGAUGUACUUUUUCGCUUAAGUUUUCAUGAACCUAAUACAACUCUGUUUCCAUUGCAUUAUCGACUCUACUGAUAGUUUUGUCACAAAAACGGUUAAAUAGCAAAUGUGCCUACUCUGGUCUUGGCAUGUGCGCUCUAGCCAACAGCUCGCAGAUAGGCCUAGUUCGGGUAGGCUGUGUGGGUAGGCUAGUCUAUAUGAUGAGAUUAUUAUGGAUAAGAGCAUCGAUCAUCCUGUCACUAGAAUAAUUCCCUCGAUAUUUAUUGAAAGGACCAUCAAACUCAUCACUGUGCACUUUCACCACCCUGUGAAGUUCAUCAUAAUUUCUUUAAUGUGUAGCCUAAUAAACUGCAUGGUUUCCCGAGUCGUAGUGGGAGGACCACACACCAUGUAAUCGCGUGACUCCCAAGUUUACUUCGACAUGAUGGUCAUUAUAUUAAUAUUUGAGCAUAAAGGCGUUUCUACCACCAUUUCUCGCAAAAAAUAAUUUGACCGAUGCAAAAUUAUUCCACCAUGUCAAACGAACAAAUUAUCUGUAGGCAUUUAUAAUUUUUUUGGGAAACGUACUGUUUCCAUCACAGCUGUCAUGAUUUUUUUUUUUUAAAAUAAGGUAUGACUUUACUCGCAUAAAAACUGUGUAUGGUUAGAGUCAUUCUAUUUCCCCAUCAGAUUCUCUGCCAUGGUGGCCAGCCCCACCAACCGCCAGACCUUCAUCAACUCUGUGAUAGUGUUUCUGAGGAAGUAUGAGUUUGAUGGUCUGGACAUCGACUGGGAGUACCCAGCCAACAGAGGGAGCCCUCCUCAGGAUCAGCAGCUCUACUCUGUUCUUGUGGAGGUAAAGUUGACUAAACACUCUGUUUUCUGAAGAUCUGCAGUAAAGAUUUCCCAGGUGUCAGAACAACAAUAAAACAACUGAGAGAGUUGAAUGUUUUUCUGUUGCAAUAGUUAUUGAGUAAAUAGUAAAGCCCUAAUACUGUAUGUGUUGAUAACAGGAAAUGAGGGCAGCCUUUGAGAAGGAGGCUAAGCAGACCAACAAGGCCCGUCUCCUGCUGUCUGCUGCUGUCUCCGGUGGAAGGGAUACCAUCAACUCUGCCUACGAAAUCCCCAAGCUUGGACAGUAGGCAUCAUCCACUCUGUAGUGGCCUAUCUACUGUACUCUGUAGCCUGUAUACUGCCAUACAGUCACUGUCUUUCUCAAAAAGAUAUUACUGCUAUUCAGGCUAUGAUACUGACCAUAUAAUAACAGUUUGCCACUUUUGCCACCUCUAGGGCCUUGGACAUGAUCAAUGUCAUGUCAUAUGACUUCCACGGCUCCUGGGAUCCGUUCACUGGAGAGUGCAGCCCCCUGUACAAGAGCCCUUUUGACAGUGGUGACUUCAUCUACUUCAGUGUGGUGAGUAGGUCAGGACAAGGGUGGAUGGCUGUUUGUGGGUGUGAUGAGUCUGCUGAAGAGCGACGUUAACCCAGCAGGCAGCAAACACUAAUAUAUGAAGCUAUUGUGUUCCAGGACUAUGCUAUGAACUACUGGAAGAACCAUGGAGCCCCAGCAGAGAAACUGAUGGUUGGGUUCCCCACCUACGGCAACUCAUUCACCCUGAAGAACGCAGCUAACAACGGAAUCGGAGCAUCUAUCGCCGGGGCUGGAACUCCUGGCAAAUAUACACAGGAGGCUGGAGAGCUGGCUUACUUUGAGGUACUUUAAAUGGUGAUAUUUAUUUCUUACAUCAUAAAAAGUGAAUUCUAACUGUUGAGGGCCUCCUUAUGGUCUGGUUUCAAUUGUAUCUCAACUUCGACUCAACUGGUUGCUUCUUAUUUGAUGGCUUUAUCAUAACAAGGGAAAUUAUACUGAACAAAAAUAUGAACGCAACAUGCAACAAUUUCAUUGAUUUUACUGAGUUACAGUUCAUAUGAGGAAAUCAGUCAAUUUAAAUAAAUAAAUUAAGGCCCUAAUCUAUGGAUUUCACAUGACUGGGAAUACAGAUAUGCAUCUGUUGGUCACAGAUACCUUUAAAAAAUGGGCCUCACAAUGGGCCUCAGGACCUUGUCACAGUAUUUUUGUGCAUUCAAAUUGCCAUCGAUAAAAUGCAAUUGUGUUCGUUGUCUGAAGCUUAUGCCUGCCCAUACCAUAACCCCACCGCCAUCAUGGGGCACUCUGUUCACAACAUUGACAUCAGCAAACCGCUCGCCCACACAAUGCCAUACACGUGGUCUGCGGUUGUGAGGCCGGUUAGACGUACUGCCAAAUUCUCUAAAAUGACGUUGGAGUUGAUUUAUGGUAGAGAAAUGAACAUUCCUGCAAUCAGCAUGCCAAUUGCACGCUCCCUCAAAACUUCAGACAUCUGUGGCAUUGUGUUGUGUGACAAAACUGCAAAUUUUAGAGUGGUCUUUUAUUGUCCACAGCACAAGGUGCACCUGUGUAAUGAUCAUUCUGUUUAGUCAGCUUCUUGAUAUGCCACACCUGUCAGGUGGAUGGAUUAUCUUGGCAAAGGAGAAAUGCUCACUAACAGGGAUGUAAACACAUUUGUGCACACAAUUUGAGAGAAAUAAGCUUUUUGUGCGUAUGGAACCUUUCUGGGAUCUUUUAUUUCAGCUCAUGAAACAUAGGACCAACACUUGACAUGUUGCGUUUAUAUUUUUGUUCAGUGUACUUUCAAGAACAAUAAAAGAAAGGGAUGACUCUUGAUGGAGAGAGGCAUCAGUUUUGUUGGCUGUUGUCUAUUCCCUGUGUUUUUAUGUAUCACAGAUCUGUGGGUUUUUGAAAGACGGAGCCACAGAGGUUUGGGACGCAGCACAGGACGUGCCGUAUGCCUACAAAGGAACCCAGUGGGUGGGCUAUGACAAUGUCAAGAGCUUCGGGAUCAAGGUAAGAACAAUACAAUAAAAAAUGGAGUAUUUGUUGCAAUGUGAAACUACUUUUCAUUAAGCAUACACUGAGUGUACAAAACAUUAGGAAUGCCAUCUUUCCAUGGCAUAGACUGACCAGGUGAAUCCAGGUGAAAACUAUGAUCCCUUAUUGAUGUCACUUGUUAAAUCCACUUCAAUCAGUGUAGAAGAAGGGGAGGAGACAGAUUAUAGAAGGAUUUGUAAGCCUUGAGACAAUUGAGACAUGGAUUGUGUAUGUGUGCCAUUCAGAGGGUGAAUGGGCAAGACAAAAUAUGUAUUUGAAUGGGGUAUGGUGGUAGGUGCCAGGUGCACCGGUUUGACUGUGUCAAGAACUACAAUGGUGCUGGGUUUUUCACGCUCAACAGUUUCUGUGUGUAUCAAGAAUGGUCCACCACCCAAAGGACAUCCAGCCAACUUGACACAACUGUGGGAAGCAUUGGAGUCAACAUGGGCCAGCAUCCCUGUGGAACUCUUUCAUCAUCUAGUAGAGUCCAUGCCCUGACGAAUAGAGGCUGUUCUGAGGGCAAAAGGGGGUGCAACUCAAUAUUAGGAAGGUGUUCUUCAUGUUUUGUACACUCAGUGUAUAAAGAUUGAGUGGAGAGACUAGAUCAAACAGUCUGCUAAAUGUGUUUCCACCACACAAUCCACUAAACAAAUAAAUUCAUCACACACUACAGUAUCAAUAUUGCACUGCACAUGAAUGUGCAUUUAUAACAUGGAAAUGAUUAGUGUGGCUGCUCUCUAGUGAUUACCAUGUAGUAGUGCAUCAAGUUGUUAAACUGGUUUUCUCUGCAUGUGUUGACCACUGUAAAAAUGUUGCGUCUUUUUGCCAGCUAACAUUUAAAGUUGUGCCUCUUGCUGUCUAUAGGCAGUCGUGGAAAAAGUACUAAAUUGUCAUACUUGAGUAAAAGUAAAGAUACCUUAAUAGAAAAUGACUCAAGUAAAAGUCAGCAAGUAAAAUACUACUUGAGUAAAAGUCUAAAAGUAUCUGGUUUUAAAUGUACUUAAGUACAGUGGUGAAAAAAGUACUCAAUUGUCAUAAUUUAGUAAAAAGUAAAUGCUAUACAUCAAAAUUCAUUUUUAAGCAAACCAGAUGGCAACAUUUUCUAGUUUAUAUUUAUUUACGGACAGCAGGGGCACACUCCAACACUCAGACAUAAUUUACAAAUGCAGUAUUUGUGUUUAGUGAGUCCGCCAGAUCAGAGGCAGUACACGCUGCGCACAGACAUCAAUUCAACGUCUAUUCCACGUUGGUUCAACGUAAUUUCAUUGAACUGACAUGGAACAAACAUUGAUUCAACCAGUGCGUGCCCAGUGGGUAGGGAUGGACCGUAUUGCUCUCCUGUCUAAGCAAUCAAAAUGUAACAAGUACUUUUGGGUGUCAGGGGAAAUGUAUGGGACUAAAAAGUAUAUAUUUUCUUUAGGAAUGUAGUGGAGUAAAAGUAAAAGUAAUAAAAAAUAUUAAUAGUAAAGUAAAGAUACCCCCCAAAAACUAAAGUAGUACUUCAAAGUAUUUUUACUUAGUUACUUUACACCAUUGUCUGUAGGUUGACUGGCUGAAGAAGAACAACUUUGGAGGAGCCAUGGUCUGGACUCUUGAUAUGGAUGACUACACCGGCACCUACUGUGGUCAGGGAAAAUAUCCUCUCAUCAACGUCCUCAAGAAAGGCCUCAAUCUGGAAUCAGCAUGUAAGGACCUGCACACUAUAUUGGGUUCAAUAACAGAAAUGUAUGACUUCUUUGACUGCUGUGCUACAGAAUUAUAUCAAACACCUAAAAUAUGUCCUUUCAAUUCAUGAUGAUUUUUGACCCAUUUCAGCUUGCAAUCCCCCUGCAACUCCCCUGCCCGCCAUUAAGGGAUCUACCAAUGGAGGUGAUGAUGGUGGUGACUCUGGAAGCAGCUCCAGCGGAGGCAGUUCCAGUGGAGGCAGCUCCAGCGGAGGCAGUUCCAGUGGAGGCAGCUCCAGCGGUGGGAACCCCGGUGGGACCAGUGGCAUGGACAGUGACUUCUGUGUUGGCAAGGCCGCCGGGAUGUACGCUGACCCCAAGAACAAGAACCAGUUCUACAACUGCAGUCAGGGCAUGACCUACUUCCAGUACUGUGCUACUGGCCUGGUCUUCGACACCGCAUGCUCUUGCUGCAACUGGCCCUAA